CCCUGCAAUUUGUUCGAAAACGUUCAAAGUUUCAAACAUGCAGUCUUAUGAUAUUACGUUUUGAUUAAUAUUGAUAACACAGAGCAUGUUCUGCGGCUUAUGAUGGAGAAUCCGUGGACGUGGUGAAUAGGUCUUCUGGAUGUUAUUAUAUGACAGGGCGGAUGAAUACAUCGACGGAUCCGAGCGAUUCAGCAUGGAAGAAGUGACCGCAAGGCGAGGGUGAACGAUGAAUGUCAACCCCACAACGGAAUAUCGGGUGUUUUUCCGGGUGAUAUUGUGUCGGACUGGCAUUGCAUACCUCACUAAACUGAUGUAGAAACACGUUGGAUUUACACUUUGCCAAGACGAUGGCGAAGACGGCCGACUUGUGGACAUAUUUCUGUAUUGUCACUGUGUUUGGUAUAGUCCGGGGUGUGGACAUAUCCUUCAAUGACCCGAAAGAUGGCUUCUUCCUCAAGUCACCGUACCAGAAGCUCCGGGCGAAGGAUCCGCGGGUGUUGGAGAAGGAGACGUUUAUUGUGACCCAUCCUUCUGAGCUGUACAAGCUCCGGGUUCAUCAUGGACCGUUCGAGGUGUACCAGUCAGUAGCGGACUCUCUCCUGGAGGAUGCCAGGAAUGAGGGCGAGAACCUCAACCUCAUGCAUAGACAGAUCUUGUACAACACGGACUUAAGUGCACAUAUUGUCACUGACAGACUGACACCCAAAUGGUCACUUUUACAAGUACUGGUGCAUGCUCAGCCACUCAACAGUCGGAAAGCUGAUGGAAUGUACAAUGUUUAUGGAUACGAUCAGCAAUGGUGUGGUCAGAUGUUUGUGGAGCAUCAGCAUCAGCAGUUGUCUGCGGUGUGCGUUCUCAGUGAGAGAGACAGUGCGUGUGUGAUGGGCAUCGAGCUUCCGUCGGAUUGGUGGCACCAUAAUGACACCGACGUGUCUGUGUAUUACCACGUCUCCCGAGUCGGCGCCAACCAUGAAUGUGCCAGUGCAUCCAACUCCAUCGUACCGGGACGCUCCAUGUCGGGCAAUACCAAUCAGAAAAAAACCUUCAUUGCAACGAUUCGAUUGGCGGAAAAGGAAUACAACUAUGAAAUACGGAAGGAUCAGAAUCUUAUAUUUCACGUACCCACGCAGGAUUUCUUUCCAGCGGCAAAGUUUGAUGUUCCUGUAUACCUGGAUACUGGUUCCAAACUUCAAGUGAUUGUCAUCAAGGUGAAGGUACACAAUGGGCUUCUGAUUCGAGAUGCUGUGGUGAGCGAGAACAGCCCUUGGAGUAUAUAUGUUGAGAUCAGCGACAGACAGCGAUCAGCCACAGUCACAGCCUUUGUCAAGGACACAGAGAAACUCAGCCAAAGAUCAAGCUCCCUGGAGAUCUUCCACUGGCAGUUUGAGGUUGAGGACAGCAUCAUGAGCCCUGAAAAUGGCCGCAUCAUCUGGACCAUCGACUACGAGAAGAAUGCCCCAGCACUCAACUCCUACUACCCCCCUCGCAACUCCCGCGUCACCGCACGCAUCAAGAUCGCAGGACGCUACCAUGAAAGAAUUGUCCCUGUUUUCAAGGAGACUGAGAUACUGAACACAGCCAUCUUGACGGGAGAGAGACUUUCGUUCCCCCUGAAAGUCUACGCCGUGUCUGAUGUCGGGAUUUUCCGUGAUGUUUCAGUCCUCACCGCCUGCCACUCAACAGACCGCGAUGUCCUCAAGGUUGCACCAGAUUGCUCAGAAAUCUACUUUGAAGGCAAUGAAACACGUGGCUCACACAAUGUCACUAUCAUUGCCAAGACUGGCCUCUACACAGACAACAUGUACAUCCGUGUGUGGGUACCUGAGAGUAGGCUGGACAUACAGCUGUCAGACAACAAGCUCGGACAGAUUCGGGGCUGGAAGGUGCAGACUAAGUCCCCACGAAGCAAGCGGAGUGUUGAUUUUGGACUGCUGACCCACUCAGGGUUCUAUGUUGGCGAUCGCAACCAGAAACUGGACCGACAUGGCUGCCAGUUGCGUCUUCAACAAGCUGAGGUGGAGGUCUUCACUCGCUUCCACAUUGAAUCUCGGUCUCGCAUUGACUACUACCACAACCGAAAGGCCUAUCUCAAGGUCACUGACCUUGUCCUGAAGAGAAUGCGGAUGUCUGAUCCUAGGAUUGCUUCUCUGGAAGGAAACAUCAUCCAAGGUCAAGGCCAGGGACGGACUGAAGUUCAGGUCCUGUCACCAACCGGGCGUGUCAUGGCUGCCAGGGAGGUGCGUGUUGGCAAGGAGAAGGUCGUCAUAGAGCGCCUGCUUAUCAGGGUCAUCAGUGGCGUCCGACUUGAUAUUGUCAAGGGGUCACUUCCUGGAACCCUCACUGCCGUCGCUCAUCUUGAGCAUAAGCUGAUGUCCAAACACAAGGAGGCAAGUCUGGAUGUGUCUGUGCAGUAUUCUGAUGGCACAAGCUUCCCUCUGAAGUACAUCAAUUCCAAGGACUAUGACAUAAAGAUUUCCUCCCUCAACCACCAUGUCAUCGACAUUCUUGACACGGACAAUUACGAGAUCCGUGCAGUCGGCGAGGGAAGCGAUGAAUUUGUCAAAGUUGUUUUCAGACAUGGAGACCAAUGCCCACGUAACGUUCCCGCCCGCUCUCUACAACCUAUGUAUAUGUGACUGCUGACUUCUCUAAGGAGGGCAGCUACCAUGACAGCCUUCAGAGUGAUGGCAACUACAACAACCGCGCCAGCGGACGAUGGGAGGAUGAUCAGGAUGAUCACAGCCAGAACAUUCAGAAGAUACACAUUGACAAUAAAGACAAAUACUUUCAACACCAGCCCAAGUCCAAGUUUGAUAAGAUUUUGAAGAAGGACAAGUCAGAUCCUCAAGUGAUUCCUGUCGAUUUGGCCUUUGAUAAUCUCCCCAUGUCCAAACCCAAAUCGGAGGCUCACCAGCAGCCAAUCCGAGAAAACAACCAUCUGUCGCCAUUGGAGAUUGGCAUGUAUGUCCUGCUGGCUGUAUUCUGCGUGGCAAUUUUGGUCUUCACUGUCAACUGUGUCGUAUUCAUGCUCAGAUAUCGCAGAAAACGUAUUCCCAAAGGUCCCAAGGAUACUGUAUCUCAGGCACAUGAUUGGGUUUGGAUAGGACGCUCAACGCUCGAACGUAAUGGUGCUCAUCACACACGCUGCUCACAGACACUCAUGCCGGAGGAGGAUUUCAAUGGGAAUCAGAUGAUUGUUCGUCCCCAGAGCAGCAGUCAUAGCUCUAACAGUUCACAAAACGGCGGGAGCAACCGCAACAGCACAGUGUCGACAUACAAAGGCUCGGAAUGCAGUAUUCGGAUCACUGCCAACCCACUUCUGGAUGGGGCAGACGUCCCCAACCCAGAGGAUGCCGAAUGGGAUUAUGAAGCAAUGGGGAUGACAUACGAUCAACUAAUGGAAUACUUUGAUAAUUUGAAAGAGUCAACUGCAUAACGCCUUAAGUUUUAAUCUUCCUCUGAACUAUUUUCAAUUUUCUGCUGUAUACGAGAGAGCAUGAACACUGUGAGAAACGUGGCACUUUGCUUGCAUUUUCGUCCUGUUUCAUUUCUAGUGUUGAGGGAACAGUUGGAUGCAGUGCGUCUUGCCUUUCGACAGAAUGAACAGGAAAACACAAGUGGAAAUCUCUCCCUUACGAAAUGGUUGUGCAGAAAACUGGAGUAGGGCACGGGUGUGGUUCCGAGCUGUGGACGUGAGUGUUGUUCAGGUAUUUAAUGGGCCAGGUCCUCGCUGUGAUGUGAACCAAGUAUUUCUUGAGGACCCACACGCAUCUAGCAGUACUAGAGACUUGUACCAACAUACUGGCACCCUUGUAUUGUCUAUACUACAUGUGUAGGAUAUAUGUGAUCAUAUGCCACACAGAUAGUUUGUGAUCCUAUAUUGGAAGUAUUCACUGUAAAUAAUUGUGCUGCCUGAAGGUUCCACUGAGAUGUUCCGUGGCAGGAAGAUGGCAGGUGACCUGUAUUGCAUAAUGACUAAAUUUGAGAAAAUGGCGGCCUCUUAGCACGUGCCUGAGCAGUGCGAUGGCAUCAUAGUGCUGGUGUAUAUAAUACUCAUAUUGUCUUAUAUAUUUGCAUGUGACAGGCAAAGGAGACAAUCAUGGCAUAUGAGAACUGGUUCUGAGUCAGUGGAGUUGGUAAAGGGAAGUAACUCUAACAAGGGAGAGAACUGGUGAUGAUAGAACCAUGCACAUGAAUGAACAGGGAAGCACUGUGUGGUGGUCGUGUAGAACAACAACAACUUUUUCUACAGACAGGGCAGAUUAUGUUGAGUCCUUUCCUGGGUAAUGACAACAGUAACCAAUUUUCCAUGGAGAAAAUGUGUUGGUCGGAUGAAUUUGAAACAUUUUAGCUUGAUCUUGGACACUUUUUGGCUGACAUGAAAUUGUGAGAUGACAUAAGUUGCUUUUAAAAAUGCACUGUAAACCUGAGUGUAUUUUUGUGUGAAAAAAAUUAUUUUAAAAAUAAUGGUUUAUCAGAAAGGGAUCUGUAUUGCUCAUGACUGUUCUCUUUGUCGAGAACUGUUUUUGGUUUUUGACGGUAAACAAAAAUUAGUUAAUUAAUCAAAUAUCCUGGUCAGUGUAAUUGUUGUGAAGUUACUGCAGGCCACCCCUAUAUGUGCAUUAAUAAACCAACCCUCCGCUGUACACCCAGCAAAGGUUGCCAUUCUGGGAGAGCCCAGUUAACAACAGGGAUUGUACGAUCUCUCUCAACGUACCCAUUGAACAAUUAUAAUAUAUUUCCUUAGAUUAUUUUCCAUUCUGUUUGUGUGUAUUCUCCCUGCUUUGUUCACUGGAACUCCCUGGGUCUGUAAUGCCCAUCAACAGAAUGGAAGAGCUCUGUCUUUAGUCAGGGUGCCAGCCCUGUCUGUUUUUUAACUGAGGUGUUUCCUCGGUCCUGUGUUAUAGUGUUGUUUAUUAUGCAUAUGCGAAAUGCAAUAUAUUGAAUAUAUGCUGGGACCCUCUCACAGUGUUUUGCUUGGGGAAAUUACUUUGAUCUGCAAACAGUAAUGGAAAAUUUUGAAAAGCAUCAAAUCCUUUAGGAAAAUAGAUUUGGUCUGAGAUGCAGCAUUUUGCUGAAGUAAAAGGUCAUGGACCUGUAUCAUUUUUGUGUUUUCUCCAAUUUCAAGCUAUGUAAUAAAUGAACAUUUGAAAAAGCAGCAUUUAAUUCAACUUGCUCACUCUCAAGCAUGUUUUCAGUUUGGUAAUUUUCUCCUGAACAAAAUCGUGGUCUUAACUGCACAGAUAGAGGCUAGUCAUAAACGUGAGAAGACACGCCCUCAGUUGAUGAAUCUAAUAUAACCUGGAUCAGUUUUCCUUACAACUGUUCAUUAUCUGGUACAGACAUAUAGUAAGCCUUGACCGAGACACUGUUGCCAGGCAACCAGCAGUUAUUAUGACUAUGAUGUAACUCUGUGUAGAUUGUGUUAGCGUGGACACGUCGCUUCAGUGGUGCUCCAGUGCAAGUCAUGUGACUUGUCAUUUCACAGCAAAUAGAUCUGACUUUUCCCCCACUCCUCACGUCUUUUUCAUUAGUCAUUCAAAGAUUGUGAUAGUUGCCAUGGCAAUGUUGUCGAAAUACCAUGUCAGAUGGCAGAUCUUGUUUUAAUGAAAUCUCAAUUCAAACUUUUGAAAUGUGAUUGAUUUUGGUCAAGAAAGUUGAAAUCAGUUUACUGAUUUAAAAGUUACAGAUGAAUAUUUAAAUGCAAUGGCAUUAAUGGUUCAUGAGACGACUUAGCAAAAAUAUCAGAAUCAAAAUGUGUUUACUUCAUGGCAAGUAUAUUUUUUUUGGAAUGUCCUCUUGAAGUUAGUAAUUAGCUCAUUUGUAGUGUACAAGUGAAGUUGUUGUUAGUGACCUAAAUAUCGCAAACCACAUGUAAAAUAUGACACUUUUACUGAAAGUAUUUGUGCGUGUUGAUGCUUGUUGCAACCUAAUUCUCAUUGUCUUUAGGACGCUAGGAUAGAUAUUGAAAUGUUAUUUUUUUAAUACAAAAAUAAAUUCAGUGUGUAAGGCUAUAGUGAAUUAAUUAUGACAUUUUCAGACUAUGAACAGACAAAAUUACCCAAAUGGACAUAUAUUACUCAACUUUUGAUAAGGAUAAUCAUGUCAUUUUAUUUAAAUAGGCUUGACAUUGUUAUGUGAAUCAGUUUUUUGCAGCAUGAAAACGUAUAAGUAUCCCUAUGAAAAGUGGAGUAGUAUAUAUACACAAACUAGUCACUGUUUAAGGUUUGGAAUCAGAAUAAUGAAAUAUUUUUCAGAACAACCCCUGCUCCAAACUGCCCCUUGAAAUGUUUGGUUAAGAAAAGAAUCUGUGGAAAAUGACAGAAAAAUGAUUCAUUUUGACAGAUUUAAAUAUGUUGUGUUUAAAAUAAUCAAUUCAUUAUGGUCUUCAUUUUUACUAGUGAAAACCCUGUUAAGUUUUGCACAUUUCUUGAUUGUGGCAACACCUGAUGUCAAUUAGUUUCCUGUAACCAUGGUAACAGAGUGUUCCUGUCAUUGUCUUGUUAAAGUUCCCCAGAUGCUUGGUUGCCCCCACUGUUGUCUAAUCUACGAGCCUUUGUGAUACUAUCAUAUGUAGCAUUUUCCUCAAGACUUGUACAGAAACUAAGAUUCCACUAGUAAAUGUCACUUAACUUCUGUAUAGCUACUCUACAAACUCUUUUUAGAUAUAUAUUUUCUUUUCUAUUCUACAACUUUUCAUCAUUUGCUGUGUUAUUAAAUAUUUAGACUUUUAUUUAAAUUUUUAUAUUUUUUUAUUUUAAUGGUCAUUUUACCGAUGGAAUUUAAUGCAUCCUGUGUUUUUCUAUGAUCACUGAAUAAUGAGAUAUUUAACUUUUCUUUCAUAUUAAUUCUAGCAGCUGAGAAAUUUCUUCAAAUACUUAGUAAGUUCUAUUUACAUUUAGCUCUUUCAAAGUCGUUACUGAUUUUGGCGUUUUGGUUUAAAAAACAAUAAAACAAAACCAUUUAAGGUGGCUAACACGUUUGUUAGAAAUUUGAAAAGAUAUUCUUCUACAGAACAAUAAUCUCAAAAUCACUUUACCCAACUUGAAUUCGACAGUUUUAAUGGCGUUUUGAAAAUAGACAGUUGAGGUUCUGAAAUUAUUUUCAGAAGUUAUUAAAUCCUAGGAGUCAUAAUCAAAUGAUUUUUUGAAAAUUUGGCUUUAUGACCCAAAGGUUUUCAAACAGUAAUCAAAACACUUUUUCUAUAUCAAGAAAAUAAGAGUUACUGAUAAUGAAAUAAGGCCAGCCAGGUAAGUUUGACAAAUGGAGUUAUUGUAAAACAUCUGGUGCUAACUGAAAAACAGGAAAAUUACUACUCAAAGACUUGGAACUGGAAAUGUUAAGAAUCCUCACCAUGUGCCCUGUUCUACAAAGCCUUAGUACUAUGAUCGUUGUUUACUUGCUUUGUGGAAUUGGGUACAGGUUAGGCCAGUUAAAUACAUAUUCUUGUUUCUCAUGACCUGUUUGGGAUGGUUGGGUAGCCCAGUGGUUAAAUUAUUCGCUUGUCACACAGAAGCCCUGGGUUCAAUUACCCACAUCGGUACAAUGUGGGAAGCCCAUUUUUAAUGUCCCCUUGCAAUGAUAUUGCUGGAAUAUUGCUAAAAAUGCGUAAAACUAAACUCACUCACUCAUAACUUGUUUCAAAACGGACGAGAAUGAGGUUUUGUAAAUUAUAUCUCUUUACUAGGUUACAAACUGAUAAAACCCAAUGGAUUAGAAUGUACCACAUAAACUGGUUUUAGUCCGUUUGGUUUGAGGUACUAAAUGUUGGAAUUAAGCGAAAACAAAAUUGGAGAUGCAAAGUUUUUUUCUUAACAGUAUGUAAAUAUGAUAAACUAAUUUAUGGAUUUAUAGUGGGUCAUGAGGAAUGAGGUAUAUUUUAACAAGCCUUGGGUAGCCAUGCAUUGUGAAAGACAACGUAAGUGUUCAGCACGUCCGCCUUAUCUGCCAAUGGUCACAACGCUGCAGCAACACUACAGUUUUCUUUGGUAUUUCCUGUUAAGUUAAUCCCUCACUGUCUUCAAGUCUGUGUGGAUGUGUGUCUGUCUGUUUGUCUGUCCUGUGUUGUCAUGUGACCUGUCACAUGACAUAGCAGAGACAGUGUGUCUGUUGUUUGUGACAGAUCCAGUUCUACUGUCAAUAAAUCAUUUCAUUAUA